AGGAAGUGCAACCAAUAUGGAAAACUAUUCAAACACAUUGAUGUUACUAUCUCAAUUAUUUCUUAUUUGGCUGUAUUUGCCUUGCUUCUGUUGUUUGCAAAUGCAUAUUUAAAGAAUACGCACAAGUGUGUUGGUCAUGUUUCACCGGAUCUAUACAGUCUACGCCAGCUUCGCUGGUUAGCUUAGCAAAUCGUGUCCAGUGAAGCCUUCCCUGGAUAUUUACCGGGCCGGUGUACUGUUGGUCCUCAGCGGGCUUGACAGACGUGAGCAUGUCCGGUGACCUCGCUGGAGUGUGGGAGGUUGCACUGAGCGAUGGAGUCCACAGGAUCGAGUUCGAACAUGGCACGACCACCGGGAAGCGGGUGAUAUACGUAGAUGGAAAGGAGGUGCUGAGGCGAGACUGGAUGUUCAAACUGGUGGGGAAGGAGACUUUCAGUGUGGGCAAAUUAGACACUAAAGCAACCAUCAACAUUGAUGCAGUCAGCGGGUUUGCCUAUGAAUACACCUUGGAGAUCAACGGGAAAAGCUUAAAGAAGUACAUGGAGAACAGGUCAAAAGUCACAAGCACCUGGCUGCUUAACCUGGAUGGAGACGAUUUGAGGGUGGUCUUAGAGAAAGACACCAUGGAUGUUUGGUGUAAUGGGCAAAAGAUUGAGACAGCUGGUGAGUUUGUGGAUGACGGCACAGAAACCCACUUCACUCUCGGUGACCAUAAUUGUUGCGUGAAGGCCGUGAGCAGCGGGAAACGACGCGAUGGCAUCAUUCACACACUUCUAGUGGAUGGCGCGGAGAUUGCUGAAUGCACAGAGUGACUUUGUGUUGCUUUUUAAAAAAUUUUUUUAUCCAAGAACCACAAAUGUUUUACACUGUUGUGAUCACAGAUUACCUGACUUAAGUGUUUUAUGUCCUAAAUAGCUGCCAAGAGAUACGAGAUGCUGUCGUGUAACAAAGUCUAAGGACCUGCUGUCUGAACUCUUUUGAAAACACUGCAAAAACAUGAUUGUACUGGAAUUGUGAAAUCGUAAAAAAAACAUUGACAGAAUAUUGUGCCAUACGUAUUUAAUCUUAUUUCACCUGGAUCUAUUUUUCUGUAAUUUGUAACAAGAACAAGUGGCAUCUACGUUAUGCUCUGUCCAUGUAUCUGUUGUUGAUUAUAAUCAUCUGUUGCCCCUUCAUACUCUCACUCUGAUCGAUUCCAAUAAUGAGUUUUUAGGACUAAUUACCAGGGUACAAACAAUUCCUUGGAUUUUGCCAAUCCCAAUAAGUCAGUGGUUCUCAAUUAUUUUCUGUCAUGCCCCCACUGGGGGACAGAAAUAUUUUCACGGCCCCCCGAUUUGAAAUGCUACUGAGAAACUGAUAUCGAUUUAUUUAUUUAUCUGUACUUUACAAAAUGAACUCGAAACUGAAACCAGCGAAAUGCAACAAAAUGGAGAGCAGUGACGCAUACAAGCGUAUUCAAGAGUCAAAUUGCAUACAGAGUACAACAAAUUCAUACAUGUUGGCAAUAAGUGCACUGCUGUUUCUAGAAUUAAGCCAUGUUCAGGUGUUGGUGUGACCGUUCAGUUUGUAAAUGUUUUUUUAGGUAACUGCAGUAAAUGUAAAAGCAUAAAACUUGUUAGUAAACCUUAUGCUAUCAUUUUCAUUUCUGUAAUUUUCAGCAACAGCCGUGUUGUGUGAAUGAUAGGUACUUUACUAAUUUAUAAGAUUACAGUGGACUUCACUUUAUAAAAUGGAUUUAAAAGAGAAGAGAAGUCCAUACUUUGUAAGUAUGUCAUACAGUAUAUUGUGGUUGUUUUUCCAAGUUCCAUUUCUGUGAAGUAGAGAAGUGCAAAAUGAUUGAAUGUUAUUUCUUACGUACUGUAGCAAAACAAUAAAAAAGUAAA